AUGACGAAUCCGCCCCAAAUCAAAGCCGCGCCGGCGACGACGGACCUUCACCUCCACGCCAAUGGGGGCUGCACCGGCUUCGAUGAGGCCUCUGCCUCCACGUCGACGGGGGAGGAGGUCAGCUGGUGCCGCCCCAAAAUCGACGCCGGCCGCGGCGACGGAGCUUCCAGCUCCGCCUUGAAGAAGAUGAAACAACCGCGAUGGGUAGGGAAUGGGGAAAAGGAAAAUUUUUAA